AUGCGUCAUACCUCUAUUCUCGCAACCUCUCUCCUGGCUGUCGGUGCUCUUGCAUGGCCGAGACAUGCUGUGGGGACUGACCAGUUGACAGUUCAAACAUCUUCCGGUCUGGUGUACGGAAAUCAAGAUCCAGAGUUUCCCAAUGUUCGUCAGUUCUUUGGCAUACCCUUUGCACAACCUCCCACAGGAUCACUCCGCUUCGAGCCUCCUCAACCCUUACCGGUAUCGGCUUCGAAGAAAACCAUCAACAAUACCGAAUUGCCACCAAGUUGUAUGCAAUACCUCAAUACUGUAAGCCCUGGAGUCUACGUUGAUCAGAUCCUCGAAUUUGGUCUCCAAGGCAAANACGGCACGGGAGCAAUCAGCGAGGAUUGCUUGACCCUCAGCGUAUGGACACCGACCAGCAACAGCAGUCAGUCCUGCUCGAGCAAUGAGCUGCUUCCAGUCCUCAUCUGGGUAUACGGAGGUGGCUUUGUCACUGGAGGACAAGAUGUGCCGUACCAGAUUCCGAGCCAGUGGAUUCAGCGAACACAAGACCACAUUGUGGUCGCCAUCAACCACCGUCUGAACAUCUUUGGCUUCCCCAAUGCGGCAGGAUUGAGCGAUCAGAAUGUUGGUCUGUUAGAUCAGAGGGCAGCAGUCGAGUGGGUGCGUGACAACAUUGUCAGGUUUGGAGGUGAUCCUUCGCGAAUGCUUCUCUGGGGUCAGUCAGCUGGUUCGGCCAGUGUAGACUACUACAACUAUGCCUACCCCAAAGAUCCCAUCGUGUCUGGUUUCAGCAUGGACUCUGGCACAGCCUUCAUCGGCAUCAACUCCGCUGAUCCUCAACACACGAAUUUUACUUUUGUCGCUUCUCAGCUCGGUUGCGCCAAUUCUUCUUCUCCGACCGAUGAGCUUGCCUGUGUACGCAAACUCCCAGCUUCAACCAUUGAGGACUUUGUCAAGAACUACCAGGAGAAUGGCACCACACCAUCUAUCAGUUUCCUCCCCUCAGUCGAUGAGAAAGUGGUCUUCAGCAACUACACCGCCCGUGCACUAGCAGGACUCCAAGCAAACUUGCCGGCUAUCAUUGGUACAAACGCUCAAGACGGCGUACCCUUCGCUCCUUACAGCCCGUCUGGCCCCAAUGCUACACUCGCGCAACUAGCACUCUUGAGAACCUUCUUCUGUCCUGCCACUGAGUCCAUCCGUUUGCGCCAAUUGACCAACCGUCCCACAUACCGCUAUGUCUACAGCGGCAACUUCUCAAACAUUGCGCCCUCAGGUUGGUUGGGUGCUUAUCAUUCUUCCGAAUUACCUUUGCUUUUUGGCACUUUCGACAACUUCAGAGGCCAGGGUCCUGCCCUGGAGAACCAGACCAGUGUUGCCAUGCAAGAUGCUUGGGUGGCAUUUACCAAGGGUGGUAUGACUGGUAUCGAGCAGACUGGCUGGCAAGAAUACGAAAUGCUUGGGGAGAGCACAGUGAGAGACUUUGGAGACGGUGUGGCUGUCAAGGAUGUCGAUUUGAGGUAUCUGGAGAAUCUCUGUGAUGGAUCGAAGCCUAACUAUAGUGCUUGA